AUGUAUAAGCCAAUAAAACAUUCUCAUCAAUCAUCCGGUCGUUGGAGUCCCUUUGAACGACUGGAUAACAGUGAUUUGCCACUAGAGAAAAUUCAACCACCUACCAUGGAAGUAUUCCGAUGUAUGCAACCAAUUCUUCAGAAUGUUUUUCAUAUCAACAGAGACAACAAUUCGAGGAUGCUCUUCGUCAUAUUGCUGAUAAAUUACAAGAUCACCGUCGUCUGUGAUGAUUCAGGUUCAAUGCGAACACCUGUUGAUCACACAGGCAAAACACGAUGGGAUGGACUUCGCGAAAUCGUCAAAGUCAUCCUGGAAAUUACCGUGAUUUUCGACUCAAAUGGUGUUGAUAUUCAUUUUCUCAAUCGUCCACCAAUACUCCGUGUGACUGAUCCAACAGUCAUUGAUGAACAGUUUUCUAUACCACCUCGUGGCUACACGCCCUUAGUUCCAGUUCUCACACGAAUCUUUUCAUCGCCAGAAGCUCAGCGUGGAAGAGACAAGAAGGUCCUCGUGUUCAUUGCCACAGAUGGAACGCCGACUGAUGCCAGGGGUAACGUUAAUAUUGAUAAACUGGAUGAAGUGAUGACUCGAGUACGCAAUGCUGAAACAACGCAUGUGAUGUUUCUGAUAUGUACAGACGAUCCUGCAUGUGUCGCAUAUUUAGUUGAUUUUGAUGAAAGAAUGGCUAACGUUGAUGUGACUGAUGAUUUUUUCACCGAAAGGGAGAAAGUAUGGAAGAAAAACGGUCCGAACUACCCGUUUUCCAAAGGUGAUUAUAUAGCAAAAACGUUACUUGGCGCGAUAGAUCCAGAGAUAGAUGCUAUCAAUGAUACGCCUUGGUUGUAA